CUGCGGGUCGUUGGUAGGGGCAGCUACGGGGAGGUGACGCUCGUGAGGCACCGGCGGGACGGCAGGCAGCCUUCUCUCCUGAUCCCGGUUUCAGCGAGUAGCACCACCAACCAGCCAGUUGCCCGCGCUGGACACCUGGGAGUCAUUAUUGAUUCCCCUCUUCCCCUCACCCCCAUUCAUCUGUCCACUAAGCCCGCAGGCUCUUCUCCAUCUCCACUGGUACCACUCCAGGCCAGGACAUCUUUAUCUCCAGUAUGUCAUCAAAAAACUGAACCUGCGAAAUGCCUCCAGCCGAGAGCGGCGAGCUGCUGAACAAGAAGCCCAGCUCUUGUCCCAGCUGAAGCAUCCCAAUAUUGUCACCUACAAGGAGUCCUGGGAGGGAGGGGACGGUCUGCUGUACAUAGUCAUGGGCUUCUGCGAAGGAGGUGAUCUGUACCGAAAGCUCAAGGAGCAGAAAGGGCAGCUCCUGCCUGAAAGUCAGGUGGUGGAGUGGUUUGUUCAGAUCGCCAUGGCUCUGCAGUAUUUACAUGAAAAACACAUCCUUCACCGAGAUCUGAAAACUCAAAAUGUCUUCCUAACGAGAACAAACAUCAUCAAAGUGGGUGACCUAGGAAUUGCCCGAGUGUUGGAGAACCACUGUGAUAUGGCUAGCACCCUCAUUGGCACACCCUACUAUAUGAGCCCUGAAUUGUUCUCAAACAAACCCUACAACUAUAAGUCUGAUGUUUGGGCUCUGGGAUGCUGUGCUUAUGAAAUGGCCACCCUGAAGCAUGCUUUCAAUGCAAAAGACAUGAAUUCUUUAGUUUAUCGGAUUAUUGAAGGAAAGCUGCCACCAAUGCCGAAAGAUUAUAGCCCAGAGCUGGCAGAACUGAUAAGGACAAUGCUGAGCAAAAGGCCUGAGGAAAGACCCUCUGUAAGGAGCAUCCUGAGGCAGCCUUACAUAAAGCGCCAAAUCUUCUUCUUUUUGGAGGCCACAAAGGCAAAAACCUCCAAGAAUAAUAUUAAAAAUGGUGACUCUAAAUCCAAGCCUGUUUCUUCAACGGUUUCUGGAAAGGCUGAAUCAAAUCAUGAAGUAGUUCCCCCCCAACCACAGUCUUCUGAGGGCUCCAAGACAUAUGUAAUGGAUGAAGACAAAGGUUUAUCCCAAGAGAAACACAUAGUCAUUGACCCCUUGAAGACACCUGCAAGUCUGAAAGGCCACACCUGCAAAGCAGACAUGAGCAGUACCACAGAAUCACUAGCUACAAUCAGUAGAGUGAACAUUGACAUCUUACCUGCAGAAAGGAACUUGAGCGACGGGUUAGUUCAAGAGAAUCAGCCAAGAUGCAUAAAUGUCUCUAAUGAGCUAGAAGGUAAAUGUAAUAUUUCUCAAGUGAAGGAGAGGCUGCAGGAUAACACUAAGUCCAGCACUCGACCUGGAAACCUAAUUCCUACGUGGUCCUCUAACAGUGUCACUGGGGAAAGAAAAGAGAAGCCUCUGCAGCCCCUAAACAAAGACCAAAAGCCAAAGGACCAGGAUCAAGUUGCCGGUGAGUGGGUUAUGGAAAAACAGGACAGAAUCCACCCAGGUUUACAGCCACACAGCUCGGGGUCUGAACCUUCCCUGUCUCGACAGCGACGGCAGAAGAAAAGAGAACAGACUGAACACAGUGGGGAAAAAGGACAGUUCCAGGAGGCUCUGCCGCAACUUUUGCCUUCUCUUCCUGCUGUUGGAAAAGGGGAUGUCAUAUUAACCCAAAAGGAUGCUGAAAACCAAAAUAGAGUGAUCACUGAGUCUGUGAGCAGUUCCAGGAGCAGUGAGAUGUCAUCAUCAAAGGACCGACCAUUAUCAGCAAGAGAGAGGAGGCGACUAAAGCAGUCACAGGAAGAGAGAUUCCCCUCAGGCCCUUCAGUGAGGAGAGCUUCUGUGAGUACACCGGGGCCAGGGCAGCCACAAGAGGAAAGCCAGCUCACCCCUGCUCCAAGGUUGUCUUCUGACCGAAGCUUUGCUCAGAAAAGGAAACUUACCCAUUGUUUCUCUGAGGAGGAGUUAAGUUCUUCUACAAGUUCAACUGAUAAAUCAGAUGGGGAUUCCAGGGAAGGGAAAGGUCAUUCAAGUGAAAUGAGUGAUUUGGUACAAUUGAUGACUCAGACCCUAAAAUUGGACUCUAAAGAGAACUGUGAGGAUCUCCCAGUACCAGAUCCAGUGUCAGAAUUUAAACUUCAUCGGAAGUAUCGGGACACACUGAUACUUCAUGGGAAAGUUGCAGAACAGGCAGAGGAACUCCAUUUUAAAGAGCUACCUUUAGCUAUCAUUCCAGGUUCUGAAAAGAUUAGAAGAAUAGUUGAAAUCUUGAGAGCUGAUGUAGUCCAGGGCCUGGGGAUUCAGCUUUUAGAGCAGGUAUAUGAACUUUUGGAAGAGGAGGAUGAAUUGAAGAGAGAGGUACGUUUGCAGGAGCAUAUGGGUGAAAAGUAUACUACUUACAGUGUGAAAGCUCGCCAAUUGAAAUUUUUUGAAGAAAAUGUGAAUUUUUGAGAAUUUAUUCUAAUCUGCUGCCAGAGCUAAAGACUUAUAUUCAAAAGUUUUUGGCUUAAACAGAAACAAACUUAUAAUGAUGGUUGGAGGCUAUUCACCAUCUUUAUAUCUCUUGGGUGGUUAUUUUUUGUUUUGUUUUUUACUGGAAAAAAAAUGGGACAGACCAAUGUAAUAUGAAGCAAACUCACAACAGAAAGAACCUUUGGCUGUCUUAUUCUCUUUGUGAAGAAAAAUCUGUUUUAAGACUUUGUUUGUUUAUUUACUGAGCCUUAAACCACCAAUUUUAUAUCUAGAACUUUAUUUUUUUAAAGUAUUAAUUAGCUUGAAUACAGAACCAUAUAAUAUUGGAUUGAAAGUUUUAUAUUAUACUGCAGUGAUAAAAGCAAUAGGAGAAAUAAAUGACAUAUGUCCAGUGAUACUACUUGUCAUUGUUAAUAACCUUAGGUAGUAGUUGAUAAAUUAUUUUGGAAAAAGUAAAUUCAAGAUUCUAGGAGUAUAUUUAAAGAACAUGAAGUUGUAUCUAGUACUUGAGCAAUUGAAUUCCUCUUUACUGAUGGACAUUUAACAUUGUAUUUUCAUGUAAUAUGCACCUCAUCUAGGGUAUAUAAGAAUUGAAACUAAGAGGUAUUUUGGCUUUGUAAAUAAAUGUUUUUAUAUGCUUUUUUUUUUUUUAGAUUUCUCCAUGAGGGAAAACAUUUCUUAAACACUUAUUCCUUUUCCAGUUAAGCAAUUUAUAAGUAGAGUCCAGCUCCUUUUAGUUAUGUUGGACAUAUUUCUCUCCUCAAGUUUGGCUUCUUGUACAUCAAGAUAUUGGUUGUCUUCCCAUGUUUCAAAUGUAUGUUUAUGUACUACCUGUUAGUUAUUUAUGAGGGGUAUUGCCCACCUAGGAAACAGUUUUUAUAAAAUAAGUAUUGAUUAGUAAAUUUUCACCUCUGUAUUCAGGAGACUCUAAAAAUGAAUUCUGCUCCAGAAAUGUUUUUUAUAUAUAAUUAAAAAUAUAUCUUCUCA